AUGGUAGCGGAGCUGGUUCGGAGGAGGCCUCUUCCAGUCAAGCACCAGAAGGUGCCAAGGGGAGCGGAGCCGCUGAAGCUCCAGCUCGACCGCGCCGUCUUUUUCAUAGGCGAGCGCACCGAAGCCCCGAACCAAAACUGGGGCAGAACAGCCGAGCCCGAAAAGGGCAAAGGCAAAACCGGCCCGAGUGCGGGCCGCCCCGCCUCGGAGUCGGGGAGCCGAACCCCCCGUCGCGGGGAGAAGGGAGCAGGGAAGCCCACCAAGGGCAAGCCUGCCAAGGGAGCUGCGCAGCCCGCAAAGGGCAAGGCAGCACAAGCAAAAGGAGCAGAGCAGCCCGCAAAGGGCAAGCCAGCUCCAGCAGGCAAGUCCGGCAAGGGCAAGCCUGCGACCCAAGAGCCUGAACAGGGUUCGGGGAAAAAGAAGAAUGACGGAGGUGGUCGUUCCCAAGCGGCCCGCGCCAACCGCGAGGCCCGCGGCGCCGAAAGGCGCGAAAGAGAGGGUACAGACCCGGUCGUCCUCGUAGAGGGCCCGGGGACUGAUAUCCCAGAGCCGCGGAGCAAGCUCCUGGUGCCGGCUCCAGUCUUCACAGGCCCUGCGCCUGGCGAGGACACUCCAGACUUCGGGGGAAGCAACUCCGAAGGAAGAGCCGGCAGAGCGGGUUGCCCGCCUGCCUCCGAAGAGGCGGCCGCAGAGCCAGCCGAGGAGGCAAAGCCAGAAGCCUCACCGAAGGCUGCACCGAAGGCAGCCGAGGCAAAGGAAGAGAGCUCUGUGAGCCCCAGCACCGAAGCUGGGCAGGAGCAAGCUGCCUCGGCGAUUGGACUCACAGAGGCCACCCCGGAGGCAGAGCCGAAGGCCCUACCAAGAGGUGCUAGCCAAAGCACCGACGGUAAAGGCGCCGCCACCUCACUUGGGCUGCGGUGCUCCCGCGACGACGGUGAGGAAGAGGAGUCCGAAGAGGAGAGCUCCGAGGGCCAAGGGCCAUCUUCGACGCCUCAAGAGAUGAGCCAGCAACCGGCUUAUCCGCCCCCGCAGGGCGACCCCGUGGUCGAGGCUGCGAUUGGCGAGUUGUCGGCCCAGAGACAACAGGGCCUAGCUGCAGCAGCCGCUACGGCGGCAGUCGCCACGGCGGCACCCGCCCCUGCGUCGCAGGCGAGCGGUGGAGGGCACUUGCUCAAGAGCAUGCGGCUCCCAACUUCCCUUAAGGGGCGAGACGACUGGGAGCGCUUUGCCUUUCAGGCAGAGUCUUACCUGGCGGUCGUGGACACCAGGUAUCCAGCAGAGCUGGAAAUAGCUCGAAAGUGCAAGGCGCCACUCCAAAUGGCAGCCAUGACCGAGGAAGUGCGGACCCUCAGCGUCCGCCUCUUCGGCAUGCUGGGCAGUUGGACCCAGGACUCCGCCACAGCUGUAAAGCUGGCGCGCGGAGUGAAGGGCCAGAAUGGGUUCGAGCUUUGGCGCCUCCUGUGGCAGGAGCACAACCCAGAGAACGAGUCCAAGAACCUCACCUGGAGGCGGACCCUGCUGAUGCCGAAGUUCCCGCCAAAGGAGAGCGACUUCUCCUUGGCUCUCCAGGAAUGGGACGCAGAUGUGGACCGCUAUGCCUCCGAGUAUGGCGCAGGGCGCGCCCUAGCAGACGAAGAUCUGCGGGCAGUGCUGGUGACCGAGAGCCCCAACGCUCUUCGGCAACACCUCGCUAUGCACGCGGCGAGUCUUUCGACUUAUGCCGAGGUGAGGGAAGUAGUGGUGAGCUACUUGCAGGCCAAAAGGGUCUGGACCCCGAGUGCGGGCUACGCCGCCUCUUCCCGAAGGGACCCUAACACCAUGGACAUUGGCAGAAUAGGGGACCGAGACGGAAAAGAAGGGAAGGGCAAAGGCGACAAAGGCAAGAAAGGGGACAAGGACCACAAAAAGGGCAAGGGCGACCACGACCACAAAGGCAAGAAAGGGGACAAAAAGGGGAACCAGCAAGGAGGCAGAGACGGCAAAGAGAGAUGCCCCAUCUGCUGGAAAACGGGGCACACCGUAAAAGAGUGCUGGUUUAACGCCAAGGGAAAGGGCAAAGGCGCCAAGGGCCAGGUGGCCCAAGUGGCCGACGACGCGGCCACGACGGUGUCAACAGCCUCCUUGGCGACUGCGGGCCCCUCCGCGUCCCAAGCUGGAGGAAGCACUGGCGGCUCUGGCGGCAAAGGCCAGGUACGCCAGGUGCGCGACGACCGCAUCUUAGGUGUGCGGUUUGCCCCGCCUCACGACACCGAGCCAGAAGAGGAAAAGAUCCUCAAGGUGUCGGGGAGUCUUCUUGUGGACUCCGCGGCGUGUGUGUCCGUGUGCAGGCCCGAGGCGUUUCCCGACCUGCAGCCCGCGGGCCCACCAAAGAGCCUUUACUCGGUCAACUUUGAGGUGACCGAGGACAUAGAGGACGAAAUCCUCAGCAUCAGCCGUGCUGUUGAGGCAAGGACCUGGGACACUACGACUACAUCCCGGAGCACGACCUCGAAGGAGGACGCGGCGAUGGAAGCAGCAGCCGACGAAGAGGCCGAAGCUGCUGAAGAGGAGGAGGCUGCGGGUAACUCCGCCCCUCUCGAGGAGCAGGCCGAACAGCCUGACUCAAGACCACGCGGCCUAAGGGCACCGCGCAACCCCACAGCGCAGGAACGCGCCGAGCACGAGCUCACUCACACGCCCUACCAGGCGUGGUGCGAGAAGUGCGUGGAGGGAAAGGCGCGCGAGGACCCUCACCGCCGCCGUGAGCCCUCGGAUGAUCCGGUGACGCCGCUUGUCACCAUGGAUGUUGAGGAAGAAGCGUCGCUUGCCACGGUGCUGAACCUCACAGACAGGGCCACUGGCUGGACUCUGUCGGUUCCCGUUGCGCACAAAGGGCACAGGCACAGACACGCGGUUUACGGUGCAGGGCUUGUGGAGCAGUUCGUGGAUCGCCUGGGGUACGACAAGUUCACCCUGCAGGCUGACCAAGAGAAUGCUAUAGCCUCUGUGGCCCGUGCGGUCCACCGCCGGCUUGGAGCUGCUAGGGUGCGUCUUCGGGACGCCCCUCGCGGGUCACACCAAAGCCAAGGAUCCGUGGAGGGUAGGAACGCACACCUGGCAGGUGAGGUUCGCACUUGGCUUUCGCAGCUGAGAGCGGACUACCCCGCCUUAGAGUGGGACACUUCGUCCAACUUGUUCCCGUGGCUUGUCAGGCACGUGGCCUGGCUGCAGGCUCGUUUCGGGACAAAGUCAACAGACGGGGUGUCAUAUCGGGCAGCCACAGGCACCGACUAUGGUGGAGCACUUUGCUCCUUUGGAGAAACCGUUCUGGCGAAGCUCCCAAGGCCCGGGAACAAAGCGCAAGUGCGCUGGGUCAAAGGGGUCUGGGCCGGCAAGCUGGAGCGUGGUGCUGACCGAGGCUGGCGCACUCAACGUGAGGAGCGUCAGGACUCCCGCCGGAGACCCGACACCAGACGGCAGCCGUCCUCAAAGCGUGCGGCCUGCCUUGGAAUCCCAGAUUUGGAAACGGAGCGGCUAGAACCGCCCGGUGAGCCCUGGCUCUUCAGCGACGGGCCGCGGCCCGACGACGAGCUGGCCAACGCAGAAAUACCGGACUACGAGCCGUCCGAUGUGGAGGCAGGACCUUCCGCAGCAAGCGCGCUGCCGCAACAAGCGGCAAGCCCCGCCCCAGCCGCCAACGACGGCUCAGGAGAAGGGGGGCAGAAGCGCGACUCUGCGGGUUCCUCCGCGAGCGCAGCGGCAGCACAGCAGCCGCCUGCAGCUAAGAGCCGGGUGGAGCCCAAGAAGGCACCGCGGCUAGGAGCGCUCACAGAGCGCGAGGUGUGGCAGCACAUCGCUGCCUUGGCCGACCCACCGCUCACCAACCACAAGGUUGGGCAGGUGACAGACCUGCUAGACCGGCAUUGUGAGCGGCAGUCGAAGUUGCAAGCCGCCUUUUUUCUGAUCACCGAGGCCGUGGAAGUGCGCGCGCAUCUGCGCACCUUUACCCAGGCCGUGGCCCCUAUCCGGCCCUUGCCCCCAAACUCUGCCUGGGCCCGGGUCUGGGAAGCGUUGGAAUGGCGGAAAGGCUACUGCUGGCCUCCAGCCAAACCGGCAAUGGUCAGCGAGCUGAUGUCGGAGAUGAAUGCCCGGCUCAAGAGCCCGACAUCACCGGCCAAGAGCGCUUUCACGCCUGUGCUGCGGUCUGAAGUACCGCGCGGGGCGCAGCUGUUCAGGGCAAAGUGGGUCGACAAGUGCGACAAAGGACGGUACAAGUCAAGGUGUACCUGUGCCGACGUCAAGGCCCGCUACAGCCCAGAACAGGAAGCUGGCUUGGACGUUUUCGUCCCAACGCCAACGCCCGAGAGUCACUCCCUACUUGAGGUAGCAGCGCUACACAACGAGGGGUGGGUCACAAGGUCUCUGGAUAUUGUGGCCGCCUUCCUCAUAGGGAAGGACCGCGGUGCGGCGGAAGGCCGCCCGGUCUACAUGCACGCGCCUGUGGAGUGGCGCGAGCUCUUUGACCAAUGGGUUUUGGAGCAGCCUGCAAAGGACCAGCAGUGGUACCGAGACCACUUCCGGGACUUUGUGUUCCGAGUGGACGGCAACCUUUACGGCCGAAGAACGGCUGGUUCCGUCUACAGGGACGAGCUGGAAGAAGUCCUCACCGGCAAGCUGGCCAAGGACUACGACUUCCAGCGGGGCGUGAAGGACCCGUGCGUGCACCGAGACCGCCGGUCCGGCCUAAUCCUUCUCCACCACAUCGACGACAUCCGUGUCGCAGGCCCCAAGGCCGCAGUGCUGAAGUUCACGGAGGUGGACCUUCCGACGCACUGUGAGAUAACGGUGGGAGAACUGGAAGAGCCGGGCACUGCGGCGGAGGUCCUGGGAAGGACCAAGGUGCGCACAGAGGACUCAAUCCUCACGCUGCCCGACAGCAAGCACGCAGAGAAUGUGUGCGAGCAGCUGGGCAUCGGUCCAAAAGACAAGGGGACCGUGCCUAGCAGACCUCUAGACCUGACCAAGGUCGAGGAGCUCUCUGCGGGUGACGCCGCGAGGUUCCGCAGCGCCCUGGGUAGUGCUAUCUACCUGUCGGCGGACAGGCGAGACAUACAGUUCGCCGUGAAAGAGCUGGCACGAAGGAUGCAGAACCCCAGGGUCUGCGACUGGCUCGCUGCGGAAACCCUCGCGCGAUACCUGCGGGCAACCCCGCGGUUUGGAAGGGUAGUUGUGCUGGACCCCGCGUCCAAGAGCACAGCCCCUCUGAACUUGGAGGUCUACUCCGACUCCGACUGGGCAGGGUGCCCAGAAACGAGAAGGAGCACAGACAACAUAGUUGCCUGUCUCGGGGGGAGCAGUCAUCCAGACAAGCUGCCAGACACAGCCCGGCCUCCCAGCAACCUCCGGCGGAGACGCGGAGAUCCGGGGAGUGUCGCGAGCAGCAAGGGAGGCCGUCUUCCUACGAGAGCUUGCGGAGAAGGACUUUGCCCUAUAGCCUGCGGCGUACCGCGGCUCUGGGCAGACUCCGCAGCCUCGAUCGGAGCCGCCAAGCGCAUAGGACCAGGGUCCAAGCUGAGACACCUGGAAGUCGCGGAAUUCUUUGUCCAAGGCGCGCUCAGAGCCAAACUUCUCGAACUGAGAAAAGUUAAGGGAACCGAAAAUCCGGCAAACUUCGCUACCAAGCACGCGAAGACUGGACCGGAGGUGCGGCAAUCCCUGCCCUCCAUGGGCAUGGUGGACCUCGAUGCGGUCGCAGGCGCCACCGAGGCUCUGGCCCAAAAGGGCACGAUCAAAUCGAUCCAGGCAAGCCCCUGGAAAAUGAGACCGCCGACCAAGCUUGCAAGCUCGGCGCUCAUGGCCACAAUCGUGGCGCUGCAGGUUCGACCUGCCAAGGCCCAAGGGCACGACUUCGCAGAGCUGGUGCUCGGCUUCGCGGCCCUAGUCUCCUGGCUCUGCAGGUGCAGGCGUGACAGGCAGGAGCCGGAGCCCGAGGAAGAGAUCGAGCACCACGCCGAGCGUGCCGAAGAGCCGCCGCGUGCAGCCCAAAGGGCCACGGAGGUCUGGCUAGGGCCAGAAGCGCCGCAAGAGGCGCAAGAGGAAAGGGCCGACCGCGGUCGAUCCCAGUGCGGCGCGCUGCCUCGCUGGCUUCUGGACUUCAGCUGUGGAGUGCCGGAGGAGGUGCAGGAGAUCAUGCGGACGAAAGAUGGCAAGCUGACGCUGUUUGACGUGUCGGGUCCGCCCGUGCGCUUGCUUUGGAUUGGCGCUGUUUCUGGUCUGACUUUUGCGAUCUCGAUUCCUUGGCUCGCACAGCCGUUUACCACAUGUCACAGCCCAACCGUGGCCGUCUAUGCCUGGUGGUUGUGGAUCGCAUUUGUUCCCUAUCUACUCGUGAUGCUCUCCAUAGAGUGGCGCUGCUUUAUGUACCUCGUGGUGCCUUUGAUGCAGUGGGUCAAGACACUCCCUGGCUGGCCGUUGCCCUGCUUCAAGCAGUGGGCCAACUUCACCCUGCCGGCAAACAGGCAACCUGUUCCACCGACGUUGGCGGCGCGCGCAGUGAGCUUUCCCAAUUCGCGACAGUCCCGAAACUCACCUAAAACCCUACACCCGAAACUGUGCUGCAGAUGGACCCUGCGAUUUUCUGAAGUUUAG